CAGCGUCGCUGUUCAGACAACUCAAAACGUGCUUUUGAAACAUUGACUUGCAACUACUGCAACUAUUUGCAAUUGAUACUUUUAUAUUUCUGACAUCAUGAGAGUCACCGACAGCCCCAUUCGUGAUGACGGAUAUUCGACUGAUAAUUCGGAUUCGUCUUCUGCCGAUUCUGAUCUCUCAAUCGCCGAGCCUGACUUCGGCAUAUUGUUUGACGUUGAUGGCGUGCUGGCCCGAGGCAGCACCGCUCUGGCCCCUGCGGUCAAGGCCAUUGAGAAGUUGAAGGACUCCGAUGGACAAUUGCGCGUGCCAUGUGCGUUCGUCACAAACGCUUGCAACAGAACCCACGAUAAGGCGAAGCAGAUAGCAGGAUGGUUCAACCUUCAAGUGUCAUGUGACCAGGUGAUUCACGCUCCGACUCCAGUGAAACUAUUGCGUCAAUUCCACGACCAACACGUGUUGGUGAUUGGCCAGGAACACAGAAUAGAGAUCGCCAAAGAUCUUGGCUUCUCAAACCUGUGCACGCUUGACGAUGUGAAGGAGGCCUAUCCUUUGCUGGACAUGGUCGACCACGAGAACAGACAGAUCGUUGCCAAAGGCUACAAGGAAAACAACGACUUUCCUAGAAUCGAAGCCAUUCUGUUGUUGGCCGAGCCUACGCAUUGGGAGGCCAACCUCCAGCUGUUGAUGGACCUGCUGUUGACCGAAGGCAAGCCCACCAAGGCGCCCGCUGACCCAAAAUGUGUGCCACAACUUCCGGUGAUUGCAUGCAACAUGGACCUUCAGUUCAUGGCCGAAGCCUGCAUUCCCAGGUUCGGACACGGAGCUUUCCUCGUUUGUCUUGAAGCUUUAUAUAAAAAGAUCACUGGGAAGGAUCUGCAGUAUUCAACGCUGGUCGGCAAGCCCUGCGAGAUCACAUACAGGUUCGCCGAACACACAAUAUGCAAGGUGGCUCAAACCAUGGGCAUCAGGAAACCCAUCAAACGCCUCUAUUUCAUUGGCGACAACCCGAACGUAGACAUUUACGGUGCCAACCUGUACGACCGCUACCUGCAGAAGGUGUGGAACAACAGACAGAACGGUAACGACGACACCGUUGCCCACGGCCUUCCUUCCUCUCGGCACAUUCCGUCAAACGCCGACUUGCACGAACAGACGGUCGAGAGGUGCCACAGUUUACUCGUUGGUACCGGUGUGUACAGGCACAAACCGGAAGUGACUGAGAAAGAGGACGACAACGACAAGGACAAGACGUAUCACGGCCAUCGCGACAUCGACAACGAACCUCACUUGUCCCAGCCCUCUAAGUUUGUUCAAGACGUCGAUGUCGGAAUCCAGCACAUACUGGAAGUGGAAAAUUGUAUUACGGCAUGAUGUGAACAUUUUUACGACAUUAAACCGGAAGGAAGAUUCUGAUUAUGAACGUAAAAACAUCGGAAAUCUCGCCGACCUCACGCCAGCCUUUCCGUAUCAUGGAAGCACAGUUUGUGAGGGACCCGUUCGGCGUCCCGUAUUUACACGGAAAGAAAUCAUAUGCAAAUCGCCUCCAGGCUACACUGUGAUAAGAGACUGGUGCUGCUUCGAAAAAGGCUGACCGAUGUUUAAAGACAUUGUACAUACUAUUGUUGCCUAGUCUUCGCCAUGACGUGCUCGUCACCAGGUCAUGUCCUCGUGUAUCCACGGAUUGAAAACGAGAUUUUGACGUGACCUGUCCCAGUACGAUGUACACUGAUAUUAAUAGUCGCUGUGCGACAUGUGACUGUCGUUACGACAAUCUAUAUUGGAUACCGGUUAUCACGUGAUUUAUUUGAAUGUGUAUGAAAGCGUGUUAAAUGCAAUUUGUGGAAGUGGAUGGUUUUCAGAGUAAAUGUGAGAAUGUUGCAGGACUAAUUCCCAGGUACGGUUAAUUCCGAAUGGUUUGUGUUGUAGAUGUAGGAGUAAGUGUUGUUCUCCAAUAUGAACGCAAAUACAUUUGUCAUAGGGCAGUGUACACAAUAUCGAUGUGAUUAUUUUUUGUACUACUUUUUCUUACAUGAAUAAAUACAUGUCAUUUAAUGAUU